AUGUCAGCUAAUGAAGCACCCAACCCCACGAUAACCUUCUCCUACGCCACCUGCUCGAUCAACGCGCCCUCCCUCCCCGCCAAACUCGCCGCCAUCGCCAACGCCGGGUUCACGGGCAUCGAGCUUGCGUUCCCCGACCUCCUCGACUACGGCGCGCAGGUCCUGGGUCACGCGAUCGCAGACGAUAAUGUAGACGAGCUGGUUGCCGUCGCGAAGAAGGCGCGCGAGCUGUGUCGCGAGCACGGCCUGGUGGUGAUGAUGUUGCAGCCGUUUGCGAAUUUCGAGGGAUGGCCGAGGGGGUCGCCGGAGAGGGAGGAUGCGUUUAGCAGGGCGAGGAGGUGGAUUGAGGUGAUGGGGUCGUUGGGGACGGAGAUUUUACAGGUCGGGUCGACCGACAUUCCCGAGGAACGGCUCUCGCUGAGUCGAAAGCACAUCGUGGCUGAUCUGCGCGAGCUGUCGGACCUGCUGGCCGAGCAGGGAAUGCGCGUCGCGUACGAGAACUGGUGCUGGUCGACCCAUGCGCCGACGUGGCGGGAUGUCUGGGAGAUCGUGCGCGACGUGAAGCGCCCGAAUGUCGGACUGUGUCUGGAUACAUUCCAGACGGCGGGCUCGGAAUGGGCGGACCCGACGACGGCAUCGGGGCGCGUGGAGGACAAUCCGCUGGGGCUGAUGAAUCAGCGGCUCGAGCAGUCGCUGGCCGAACUGGCGAGAGAUGUGCCGCCGGAGAAGAUCUACCUGCUGCAGGUGUCAGAUGCGUAUAAGCCGCCUCGGCCGCUGGAGGCGGAGCGGGUGGAUGGCAUGUGGCCGCGCGCCAGAUGGAGCCACGACUAUCGCCCGCUGCCGUACGACGGAGGAUACUUGCCGAUUGAGGCGGUGGCCAGGGCCGUGCUGAAGACGGGAUUCCGCGGCUGGUUCUCCAUGGAGGUCUUUGAUAGCGGACCCGACGGUCGAGGGAAGAAGUACGACCCUGAGGAGUAUGCGCAGAAGGCGAUGGGGAGUAUGAAGCAACUUCUGGAGAAGUCGGAGCGAACCUGUAUAGAUAAUCAUUAA